GGAUCCCGGGAGCCCGCGCCUGGCGGGCCUGGGCGGGAACGGCGGCUGUGAGGCGGCGGACCGGCCCUUCCUCCAUGUGACUGCAGCACGCCGAGUGCGGGUGAGCCAGCCAUGGAGGAGUUUGCCCGGCCCCAAGCUGCGGAGGAAGCCGGAGAGCAGGGGGCCCAGGCUUUACCAGGUGCCUGGGAGAAAGGUCCCAAGCUGGCCGAGAGACUGCCGUCCAUCGUGGUGGAGUCAACCGAGGCAGAGGAGGUGGAGAGCGGGGAGCUCCGCUGGCCCCCGGACGACGUCAAGUCCGAGAAGAAAGCUAGCGCCCACCUGCCGCAGACCACGCAGGAAGGAACUUUCUCCUCCCAAGAUAAAGACCCAGGCAUUGACGCCAGCAGUCUCAGCAAACUUGGAAGGCAGAACUAGGUCCCUGCGGGCGGCCUCCUCCUGUGACCGGUGUCGGAAAUUCCCAGGGGUCUGAAGAACUAGAGGAAAGAGCUCUUUAUUUCAAACCGCAAGUGUGUUUGUUCAGAUAGGAUACGGUGGUGACGAGUGUUUGGGCUUCAGAGCUGCUCCCUACCACUCUCUGGGUCAGAAGGAGUAUCAGACGCCAUGUCGAUUUGACAGAGGGAACGGGUGUGGGGGGUGGCCCCCUCCCUUGAAUAAAUCAGCAGCCCCCCUCCCCUAAAUAAACCUUUCCCUGCUCCCUAAGGUCCCGAGGCCGGUGCUCCGUGGCCAUAAGGACGUUUGGAUGGCUGGUUCUCCGAGGACCGAUGAGGGGACCGGACAGAGAAGUGUUGUUAUGGAUUGAGCAUUUGAAUUCCUUUUCUCAGCCAUUGCCACCUGGGAUGACGAUAGGCCGAGGAGGAGGGUUAAAAGAACAUGCUGGGCAUCAACCCCACUUGAAUCAUCUUGCUGAUGUGCUAUCGGUAGCCACUGCUCCCCAGAAAUUCCCCUCAGCUCACCAUCCCUUAAUUUGGGCCGCUUUCAGCGUCGGUUUAGAGGAAACCUGCCUUUAGUUAGAACCAAUGGUUUAGAGAGGGUUUUCUCAGUGUGGGAUGAUUAUUUGCUGAUGGGCGAACACAGGAACGUGAGGACCGUCUCCUUGAGUCAAUCAAUCAAUCGUAUUUAUUGAACGCUUACCGUGUGCAGAGCACUGUAC